AUGUCGAUUCCUGACGAAACUUUGCGAAAGGUUUUAAACGAACUUCAAAAUAGACUUGCUGAGCAUAAACGACAGUUAUCGAACGUUAAGGUUCAAAUAACAUUAAAAGAACGUGAAAAACGUAUGGCUGAACUUACUAAAAAAGAAUUAUCCGCAAUCGAAAAAGAUACUAAAACUUAUAAAUCCAUUGGAAAAGCGUUUAUUAAAACCGACAUAUCGGUUUUAGAUAAAGAACAAGAUGAUAAAAUUGCGAAAAGUGCAAGUGAUCUUGUUACCUUGGAUAACUCUAAAAAAUAUUUAGAAAGGAAUAUUAACGAUCUAUUAAAAGAUGUUCAUUAG